GUCUUACACACCGGGUGACACCAUGGGGAAGCGGACCAAGGGACAAGAUCGCGACAAAUACUAUCGCUUAGCCAAGGACCAGGGCUUCCGUGCGCGUUCAGCGUUUAAGCUCAUCGAGAUCAACAAGAAGUAUGACUUCCUCAGUUCGGCCAAGGUUUGCAUCGACCUGUGCGCUGCCCCCGGCGGGUGGUGCCAGGUGGCCGCCAAGCACAUGCCCCGCGGGAGCAUCAUCCUCGGCGUGGACCUGCUGCCCAUACGCCCCAUCCCAAACGUGAAGACGCUGGUUCACGACAUCACAACGGACGAGUGCCGCACGGCCCUCAAGCGCGAGAUGCAGACCUGGAAGGCGGAUGUGGUGCUGUGUGACGGCGCGCCCAACGUGGGUACCGCCUACAAGAAAGACGCGUACGAGCAGAACGAAAUCGCCCUCCACGCCCUACGGGUGGCCACCCAGCACCUCAAGAAAGGGGGUACCUUCGUGACCAAGGUUUACCGGUCCCAGGACUACAACUCGCUUAUGUGGGUCAUCCAGCAGUUCUUCGAGGAACACCAGGCGGUGAAGCCCGCCUCGAGUCGAAGUCAGUCGGCAGAGAUUUUUGUGGUGGGCCGCAACUAUAAGGCUCCCGACUUCAUUGAUUCCCGUAUGCUCGAGCCGAAGCAUGCCUUCCAACAGGACUACGACGUGGAAGGAGGUCAGAAGGGUCUGUCGAUCUUCCACAAGAAGUACGACCAGCACAACAAGCGUCACCGUCAGGGGUACGCGGAUGACCUGGGCAUGAGCCUCAGCAGGGUUGCAAAGGUCGGCCUCUAA